AUGGCACCGUUGCCGAACCGCAAGCAGCGUUUCGCCGACACCGCGCAGUCGGCCCCGAAACGCCGCCGCACUGGCGACAACCCGCCAUCGCCCUGGGCGCGCGUGAACGUGGCUGUGAGGGUGCGCCUACUUAACGAACGCGAGUCCGAGACGUCCAGCAUCGUCCGCAUUGUGGACGACAGGUGCCUCGUGUUUUAUCGCAAGGCCGAAGCCGAGCCCUCCUACUUUCAAGGGCAGUGGGCAUGCGGGGGUCUCGUAAAUGUGAGCAAGGAUCAGGCAUUCAUGUUUGAUCAGGUCUUUCAUGAAGAUAAGGACAAUGAGUGCGUCUUUCAGCACACCAACAAGGAGAUGCUGACGACAUUUGUUGAUGGCUGCAAUUGCUCCGUAUUCGCGUAUAGUGCAACCGGUGCCGGCAAGACGUUCACGAUGGACCGAGGAGUGUCUCGGAGUGGUCUCCCUGACGGCCAGCGAGAUCUACCCGUGAAGAAGUCUGGGGCACUGUUCGAGUUGCUUCUGAAAGGCAACAGAAACGGGACACAGCACGCCAUCGAUGCCAACUCGAAGUCGUCAUGGUGCCAUGCAACCUUUCAGGUUUACGUCACGCAGAUGGAGAACGUGAGCAGCCAGAGCAAAGGGAUUCGCGUCUCCAAAAUGAACUUCGUAGGUCUUGCUGGCUCGGAGCGUGCCACUGCCGUGAACAAAAAGGUCACGGACCAGAUACACGAGGGCACCAAGAUCAACUUGACUCUGCGUGGCACGUGUCACACCCUUUGGAUUGCGGCCAUGUCGCCGUCCAUGCUCAGCUACGCCGACACCCACAACACUCUGAAGUACGCCGGGAGGGCCAUGAAGAUCGAGCUGCAUGCUUAG